AAUAAGAGAAGAGAGUCUCAAAUAAAUCUGAACACAAUCAGUCAAAGGACAUGCAUUUGAAACACAUGUUAAUAACAGGACCAUUUCUCUUUUUAUCUUUUCCAGUCAAGUCAGAUCUCAGGAUAAUAGUGGUUGGUAAAACUGGAGCUGGAAAGAGUGCAUCAGGAAACACCAUCCUGGGAGAAAAGGUGUUUGAAGAAAAACUUUCUUCUGAAUCUGUGACUAAUACAUGCCAGAAACAUCAGAGGAAGGUUGAAGGUGGAAGCAUCUCAGUGAUUGACACUCCAGGAAUGUUUGGUACAAAAAUCAAUGAAGCACAGCUGAAGGAUGAGAUUGAGAAAUGUGUCGAAAUAUCUGUUCCUGGUCCUCAUGCAUUUCUGCUGGUUAUCAGACUGGACAUGAGAUUCACAGACGAGGAGAAUAAAACAAUGAAAUGGAUUCAGGAGAACUUUGGAGAAAAAGCUGCUAAUUACUCCAUCAUUCUGUUCACUAGAGGAGAUCAGAUAGAUAAACCUAUAGAGGAGUUUAUGAAUGAAAGCAGGGAGGUUAAAGAGCUUGUUAAACAGUGUAAAUCCAGGUAUCAUGUUUUCAAUAACAAAGAUAAAAAUCCAUCACAGGUUUAUGAACUGCUGGAUAAGAUAGAAACAAUGGUUAUGGAGAAUGGACAUUAUACAUAUAAGAUGUACAAGGAAAAACCGGAUAGAAACAGACAGAAAAAAAUGAAGAUGGAAGCUCCGGAGAGGUCGGAAGAAGAUGAAAACAUGCACGAGGGAGCUGCAGAGAAGUCUGAAAAAGAUGAAAACGUGCCCGAGGGAGCUUCGGAGGAGUCGGAAAAAGAUGAAAACGUGCACGAGGGAGCUGAGGAGGAGUCAGAAAAAGAUGAAAACAUGCCCGAGGGAGCUGCGGAGAAAUCAGAAAAAGGUGAAAACGUGCAUGAAGGAGCUGAGGAGAAGUCGGAAAAAGAUGAAAACGUGCACAAGGGAGCUGAGGAGAAGUCAGAAAAAGAUGAAAACGUGCCCGAGGGAGCUGCGGAGAAAUCGGAAAAAGAUGAAAACGUGCACGAGGGAGCUGCGGAGAAGUCAGAAAAAGAUGAAAACAUGCCCGAGGGAGCAGCGGAGAAAUCGGAAAAAGAUGAAAACGUGCACGAAGGAGCUGAGGAGAAGUCGGAAAAAGAUGAAAACGUGCACGAGGGAGCUGCGGAGAAAUCGGAAAAAGAUGAAAACGUGCACAAGGGAGCUGAGGAGAAGUCAGAAAAAGAUGAAAACGUGCCCGAGGGAGCUGCGGAGAAAUCGGAAAAAGAUGAAAACGUGCACGAGGGAGCUGCGGAGAAGUCAGAAAAAGAUGAAAAUGUGCCCAAGGGAGCAGCGGAGAAAUCGGAAAAAGAUGAAAACGUGCACGAAGGAGCUGAGGAGAAGUCGGAAAAAGAUGAAAACGUGCACGAGGGAGCUGCGGAGAAAUCGGAAAAAGAUGAAAACGUGCACAAGGGAGCUGAGGAGAAGUCAGAAAAAGAUGAAAACGUGCCCGAGGGAGCUGCGGAGAAAUCGGAAAAAGAUGAAAACGUGCACGAGGGAGCUGCGGAGAAGUCAGAAAAAGAUGAAAACGUGCACGAGGGAGCUGCGGAGAAAUCGGAAAAAGAUGAAAACGUGCACGAGGGAGCUGCGGAGAAGUCAGAAAAAGAUGAAAACGUGCCCGAGGGAGCUGCGGAGAAAUCGGAAAAAGAUGAAAACGUGCACGAGGGAGCUGCGGAGAAGUCGGAAAAAGAUGAAAACGUGCACGAGGGAGCUUUGGAUAAAUCGGAAAAAGGUGAAAACGUGCACGAGGGAGCUGCAGAGAAAUCGGAAAAAGAUGAAAACGUGCACGAGGGAGCUGCAGAGAAAUCGGAAAAAGGUGAAAACGUGCACGAGGGAGCUGCGGAGAAAUCAGAAAAAGGUGAAAACGUGCACGAGGGAGCAGCGGAGAAAUCGGAAAAAGAUGAAAACGUGCACGAGGGAGCUGAGGAGAAAUCGGAAAAAGAUGAAAACGUGCACGAGGGAGCUGCGGAGAAGUCAGAAAAAGAUGAAAACGUGCCCGAGGGAGCUGCGGAGAAAUCGGAAAAAGAUGAAAACGUGCACGAGGGAGCUGCGGAGAAGUCGGAAAAAGAUGAAAACGUGCACGAGGGAGCUGCGGAGAAGUCAGAAAAAGAUGAAAACGUGCCCGAGGGAGCUGCGGAGAAAUCGGAAAAAGAUGAAAACGUGCACGAGGGAGCUGCGGAGAAGUCGGAAAAAGAUGAAAACGUGCACGAGGGAGCUGCGGAUAAAUCGGAAAAAGGUGAAAACGUGCACGAGGGAGCUGCGGAGAAAUCAGAAAAAGGUGAAAACGUGCACGAGGGAGCAGCGGAGAAAUCGGAAAAAGAUGAAAACGUGCACGAGGGAGCUGAGGAGAAAUCGGAAAAAGAUGAAAACGUGCACGAGGGAGCUGCGGAGAAGUCAGAAAAAGAUGAAAACGUGCACGAGGGAGCUGAGGAGAAGUCAGAAAAAGAUGAAAACGUGCACGAGGGAGCUGCGGAGAAGUCAGAAAAAGAUGAAAACGUGCACGAGGGAGCUGAGGAGAAGUCGGAAAAAGAUGAAAACGUGCACGAGGGAGCUGAGGAGAAGUCGGAAAAAGAUGAAAACGUGCCCGAGGGAGCUGCGGAGAAGUCGGAAAAAGAUGAAAACGUGCCCGAGGGAGCUGAGGAGAAGUCGGAAAAAGAUGAAAACGUGCCCGAGGGAGCUAAGGAGCAUGUUUUUAAACAUGUUAUUUUUAGUAGCAGUAGUAGUAGCAUAGUAGUAGCAGUAGUAGUAGCAGUAUAG